AUGCUGAUUAAUUAUUCUCAUGCGUCCUUCUUCCUCACCCUUCCUGUGCUCGCCCCUCGCCCCUGGAUCAUAGUGCCCUGCGCCCAGCCCUCCAACCUGGCCGCCUACACGCCCGCCUUCACCCUCCGCUGGGCGGGCUGCCUCACCCCCAGCACCACUCUCGUGUGGUACGGCGAGCGCUGCGGCGCAGACUUCAGCCUGAUCCAAUGGACCGGCGUGUAUGCGAUCGACAAGGCAAGUGGCCAGCUGGUGCCCAACUGCCAUUCGCACUACACGGACCCGCAAUACCGCCCGGGGACGCCGUUCGGCAACGCCGUGUUUGGCGGCUGUGGCGUCGCGCCGACGAGCGCCAGCCUGCCGACCAAGGUCUGCAGCGACCCAUCCCCGUGCAUCUCCACGGCCGCCGCCUCCUCCUUUGCCUACACUGCCGCCAUCACCGGCUGCGGCCUCAAGAGCCAACAGGUCCUCUACACGGGCGCCCCCUGCGGGCCAGCCAACAAACUCGUCAGGUGGUCCAGCUUCCAGCUGAAGACCGCAGCUGGCAAGGUCGGCUGCCCGACGCGCGCCGCCGGCGCGGUCAACCCGAUGUUUGACCGCGAGUGGUUUGGCGCGUGCGGUUCGCAGCCGGCGAACUUUGGGAAGCUGCCGACGAAGCUCUGCGACGGCGGCGGCGGCGGGGGCGGCGGCGGCGGUGGCAACAACCCGACGCCGUCGCCGGCGCCCACCCCGCCGCCGUCUGGGGCUCGGCUGCAGCGGGAGGCGUUGAAGUCUGGAGAGAAAUCGCUGCCGGGUAUGGCCCGCAUCCAGGCGGUCGUCAACAACCAGGUCCCAAUCAUCAACGCAGACAAGUCUGUCACGGUCGCGGUGCUGGACACUGGCGGCACCUUCCUGGACGAGCUCAACACCCAGACUGGCAUGUCGUUUGUGGGCGGCCGCCGCAACAGCGACUGGUCGGACAUCGAGAAGCACGGCACGCACGUGUCCGGCACCAUCGGCGCCCGCAACAACGGCUUUGGCGUGUUUGGCGUCCUGCCCAACGUCAAGAUCCUGCCCAUCAAGGUCCUGGGCAACGACGGCGGCGGCUCUAUGAGCGACAUCAUGGCCGCGAUCGACUACGUCGCCACGAACGCGGUGUCCCUCGGGAUCGGGGUCAUCAACCUCUCCCUGGGCGGCACGGGGUCCGUCCGCGAUCCGAUCUGCCAGUCGAUCCAGGCCGCGACCACCCGCGGGGUCGUGGUCGUCGUGGCCGCCGGCAACGACGGCGACGACCUCGCCGGCUACUCCCCCGCUUCCUGCCCGGCCACGAUCGCCGUGACUGCCAUCUCCCCGACCGCCAACACGCCCGCCGGCUUCAGCAACUGGCUCAACCCCGGCGCCAGCGCCGCGGAGCAGCGGCGCGUCGUCGCGGCGCCCGGCGUCAACAUCCUAUCCACGCUGCCCGACGGCUCGUAUGACUCAUGGCAGGGCACGUCGAUGGCCAGCCCCCACGUCGCCGGCGCCGCGGCGCGCUGCUUCGCGGCCGGCGAGUGCAAGGUCGGGGACGGCGCCGCCAACAGGGAGCGGUUUUUGAAUUCGAUCUGGGCGAAGUACGACUCUGACCCGGCGUACCGCUGGACGUCGGCGCGCACGCCUGUGGCUAGCGGGAAGUGGUACGGCCCCUUGGUCUGGGCGGACAAGUGGUGA